AUGCCACCACGCCGUCGACGAGUGUCGUGGUUGGAACGGCCGGUGGCGAUGGCUCCCAUGGAAGGCACGUCCGAUGGUGCACAUUUGUCGCCGGUUCAUGCUAAGUCGGCCGGUUGCAGUCCGAUGUUUAGUCGACGGCUCAGAUUCCUGGGAUGUGCUGGUCCCUCAUUCGACUCUCCCUAUCAACUUGGCGAAUUAGCUGAAGUACACGAAAUCGUUGCCGGUAAGUUGGAAAUUUCUGAAUUCUUCAAAAUAAGGGAUUCCGCUGUGCUAGAGAAAUCUCUGAUUGUUUAUUCGAUCUUGUUAACAUUGCUCCCAAAUGGACCCAUUUAG